UAAAAUAAAAUCGUCUCUCUCUUGUACGCGAAGGCGCUACACACCGCUACUUGAAGUUGAAGGCGUUAUUGCAUUGUUUGUUGGUGUUCCAGUUUUGUUUACAGCUGAUUCAAACAACGAAAAGAAGCCUUCACAACUUAUCGAAGUUUGAUUUGUGAUAUUCAAGUAAGUUCCGAAGCCGACAGUUCUGUUUAGUUAUCUGCAGUGCAGACCGAAGCCUUUUAAUGGAAGCACAACAAGAACCGAGUCUGAAUCUUGAGGAUUGUUUGAAACUACUGAAAGGAGAGCGAGAUGAACAACGUCUAGCUGGACUUCUUCUGGUCACCAAGUUCUGCAAAGCCGAUGAUCACUCCUCACUUCGCAAGGUUUACAAUGCUGUUGGUUUUCGCUUUCUUGAACGGUUACUCAGAACUGGGAUGGGAAAAGGAGCCAUAUCCAGUGAUGGGGACAACAACCGGGAUGCAUAUUUGAGCCUGUCGGUUACAGUUCUUGCUGCCCUUUGUCGUGUUCCAGAGAUUGCAUCCUCAGAAGACAUGACUUCCAUGAUCCCACUAAUAUUGGAAGUAAUGUCCACCCGAUCUGGCUCAUCUGUCCUUGAAGAAUGUUGCGAGUUUUUAUACUUGGUAUCAACUGCUUCAGAAAAUGGAAUCACGAGAUUUUAUGAAUCUAGAGGCAUCAAAAUAGCUGCAUCCCAGUUGCCUUCUAUGGAAGAUGGUUCGCAUCUGGUGGAAAUAUCCAUUAAACUUUUGCAAUCGGUUCUGAGCAGGAUAUCGUUAGACACAAUCCAGAAUGAUUACUUAUCCGAGCUCUCAGUUAUUGUGGCUGUGGUAGCAAGGCAGUUCGCUAUCUUGCAUAAUUCCUUGAAAUUUGAUGCUCUCCACCUCCUUAAUUCCAUUCUUUCUUCAACAGAUUCAUCACAACUUCUUCAAACCCUCAAAUUACGGCCUCAAGAUUGUUGGGUUCCCAAUGUCCGUGUUGGUAUCAUGGCCAUUUUGCAGAAUCAUGUUGCUCCUGCUGAAAGGCUCCAGGCUCUCAUUUUAGCUGAGUCAAUGGUUUCCAUAUUCGGAGAAGAUUGGUUGAUUAGCCAAGAUCCAACUCCAGAUAACAUGUGUCUGUUGCUUGUCUUGGAGCAGUCGAGGGUUGAAAUUGCUGUUCUUCUGAAUGAGCUGGCCUAUUUAAAAUAUGGAGCGCCUCAAGAUACUCCAGCUUCUGUUGAGGCGUAUUCUCUUAAGCAACGAAAUGUGGUUGUUGCCUACUCGUUGGUGGAGAAGAUUAUAAAACUCAUUUCAAAUGUUGGUGAAAAUGAUGGAAACCUCCUCGAUGAAGACACACUCACAAAGCUGAUUCGACAACUUAAUGAGACAAUUGCUGUUGUGCUAGAGUAUUUAGAAGAUGCAAAGGAACAUGGCCAAAGGAAAGGUAAUGAUUUACUUGCUUCGGUGCGAAUUAUUGGGAGCUAUCUUGCAGAAGCACCGCUUGCAUCCAAGGAAAAGGUUCAAGAUCUUUUAGGGUAUAUGCUUUCUAUUGAAGGUGCAGAUGAGCAAAGGCCCUUCCGCUCUGUCUGCUUUCUGCUACCUUUGUUGUGUCAAAUUACUAUGGAGGUUGAAGGAUGCAAAGCUCUGUGUUUGUGUGGAGGACUUCAGUCUGUUUUUGAUUGCCUCGCUAAAUUAAUUAGGUCAAAACACCAUAUGCUUGAGGAUGAUGGUUGUGUCUUCUUGGCAUGUGAUACAAUAAUGAACCUUCUACUUAAGAAAGAUGAAGUGCAGUUGACAUUAGAUGAAGCAGCUUUUGUUGAUGUUCUUAAAGCAUUGGCUUAUUGGUCAGAAAAUACUGAUGACAUGUCUAGUAGGAUGAUGGCUACGAGCAUUUGCGCACUGAUAUUUGAUUAUACAUCCGAAGAGGCUCUUUUAAACUAUCCCGAUUUCAACCAUGACACUCUUAGCAGUCUUUAUCAGCUCAUCGCAAGAUGUCUGACUUCACCAAAACAGGGUACUAACCCGGAUAUGGAUCUAUCUGAGAUUAUCUCUGCUGGUUUCUCUCGAUGGGCUCAUCGGUACCCCCACAUCAGAGAGGCAAUCAAAGUAUGAUUUCGAUUUUCUGUGUAUUAGCUGUACGUGGAUGCUUUAACUUUUGAUAGCAAUGAUAUUUUUUUUUUUUUUUUUUACGUGAUAUUGGUUUGUAAAGAGCUUAAUUUAGUUUGUUAGUGACACUUGGUGUAAAUAUCUUUUAUUCACACAAAUUAAAAAUAGAGAAGGAUGAUAUUACUAAAUACUCUUGUUAUA